UCGUCAGGGCGCUUUUGUCCGGAGCGGGGCGCAGUCUUGGAGCGCGGUGGAGGGGCGGGGGAACAGCCUGGGCAAAGUGGAGGAGGUGCAGUCCGAGGAACAGAGGCUUUUAAGUUUGUUUCAUUAAAUCUCGUGCCCACGCGCGAAGGGGCCGGAAGGUGCGUUUAUGGACAAGGAACGUCUCAGGCCUUGGGUGGCGAGUGCGCGCCCCCACAUCUCGGCUGUGGCUUCUGAAAGAGCUGCGCGGUGGGUGGGAAGCUGGACUCGUCUUUAGAAAGGCAGAGGCCGAGAUCUCGGACUCUUAUGUAACCCUUGGCGGGGCGCAGUGGUUAAGAGCUUGGCUGCAACCAAGAGGUGGGUAGUUGGAAUCCACACGCCGCUUCUUGUAAACUCUCUGGGGCAGUUCUCUGUCCUAGAGGGUCGCUAUGAGUCAGAAUCUGGCCGACAGCGGUUUCGGUUGUCGUGUUUUUUUAUGGCCUUGGUUUUCAGACCUGUAUGGCAUGUUCAUGUGCUCACCACACAUUUGUUAAAUGGUGACUUUAAUUUACAAAUGUUUUUUGAACUUUCGGCAGGUGACACACCCUGUUCUAGACUAUUAGGAUACAGCGGUGAACCAAAGGAGUAAAGCCCUACCUUCAUGGGACUUAGACUGGGGAUAAAAACCAAAAACCAAACCUGUUGCCGUGGAGUCGAUUCCGACUCAGCGACCCUAUAGGACAGAAUAGAACUGCCCGGUAGGAUUUCUAAGGAGCGGCUGGUGGAUUUAAGCUGCCGAAGUUUUGAUUAGCUGCCGAAGCUGGAACCACUGGGCGGCCAGGGCUCCCAAGCUCUCGCCACAGGAAUUUCUUCACAUGGCUCCUGAAAAAGUGACAGUUACAGUUCGCCUCAUUCGUUCAUUUGAGCACCGCAAUUUCAGACCUGUAGUGUAUCACGGAGUGAAUUUGGACCAAACCGUAAGGGAAUUUAUAGUAUUUCUAAAGCAAGAUAUCCCUUUAAGGACCAGCCUGCCAUCACCAUUCAGAAAUUAUAAAUAUGAUAAACUGAAGAUAAUUCAUCAAGCCCACAAAUCAAAGACAAACGAACUUGUGUUGGGUUUGGAAGAUGAUGACAGACUCCUGUUAAAAGAAGACAGCACUAUGAAAGCUGCUGGAAUUGCCCAUGAAACUGAAAUUGCCUUCUUCUGUGAAGAAGAUUACAAGAACUACAAAGCUAAUCCCAUUUCAUCCUGGUGAAGACCUCGCCUGGCCUCCUUUUUGCGUACCUAUAUUACUGAUCAGAGCAGCUGUUAAUGUCGUCAGUACCAGAGACUGGGAGAGUCUGUGACAGCUGUACUGUCUUCUGGGUCGGGAAUGUGUGAUACACACCACCGUACAUCAAACUGAAUUGUGUCUGUUAGCCAGGUUUUCAUGAUGUAAGAUGGUUACUUCUUUCUUUUUAGUAUCUCAGCCUAUACAAGUCACCUUGCUGCACUGUUUUUCUCUGAACUGUGUUUCCUGACUUCAGGAGCAAACUAUAAUUGAACCAAACUCAUUUACUUGGAAAGAGGAGGUAGCAGGAUGUGUGUACUUCUCAGAGAAAAUUGUUGACUGAGAGCAAGUCCCAGUGCUGGAAGAUGUGUUCUUUCGAGACAAUACAAUACCUUGGGUUCCUGAGAAUGGCUGACUCCUGUGCAGGAAACCGAGAGAGCAGUAGUUUCAAAAGGGCCUCUCAGCCACCAUGGACCUAAUCAGAACUCGCAGAGAGGUUGGUCAGCUCUAGAAUUGCUCUGUGAGCCCUCUCAGGUGUCAGUAGGGCAGGUGGUUUCAGUGUGGUAGUGUCUCACUUAAGAAAAUCUACUUUUUAAAAAAGACAACCUUGAAAGUCUGAUUGAAAUGAUCAGAAGGUGCUUUACUUUGUUGAAAGAUGUAAUAGAACCUUCUUUAAAACAAAUUCUAUUUUAUUCAUUAAACAAAGUACUGAAUGCACGAAUGUGCUAAUAGUAAAAAUAAAGGUAUAUAAAGAAUAAUAAAGGUAAUAAAGAAUAAAAUAAGACACGGUUUUUGCCUCGGUGAGUGGGGCAAGAUACAUAAGCAAGUAAUUUUAAUAUCAUAACAGUAAAAACUGCGGUGGUGGCACUUUAAAGAAGUGCCAAUUGAGCUGUAUUUUAAAGGUUGAACGGGAAUUUGUGCUUAGAAGAGAAGAAGGGAAAGGCUUUCAGGAAGAGGGAGUAGCAUGUGCCAAAGAAGAGCACUGUGAAAAGCUUAGGAUUUUCUGGCAAGAGUAUGAAUUUCAGUGUACUGGAAUAUGAAUAUAAAGUCCAUGGAAUAAAGUGGAGGAAGAUGAGACAGGAAAGGUAGGUUGAGCUAGAUUAUAAAGGGCCUUAGAAGUGCUGCUAAAAAAUUAGAACUCUUACCUAGGAGGUAGUUGGAAGCCAGUGCAUUGCAUGGGCAAAUUUAUGUCUUAGAAAGUGAGCUGUGGUAGCAGUGGCCAGAUGGCAGAAAGACUAGAAGACAGUGGCUGUAUACGAGGUAAGACUGGAAGGCCUGACCUAAGGCCAUGGCAGAGGGGAAGGAGAAAAUAGAUAUUCUUGAGAUAGUAUUAACGUUUGUUCAUGCAUUAGAUGGCAAGUGUUUCAUUAGGGUCUUUACAUUUAUUAUUUCAUUUAAUUUUUACCACAACUCCUCAGACUUGCUAAUACCAUGUCUAUUUUAUAGAUGAGGAAAUUUGGGCUCAGAGAGGUAAGUUUACCCCAGGCAAUGCAGUAGCGUGCAACAGGGAUUGGAGCCAAAUCUGUGUUAAAAUCCUGAUCUGGCCUGUUCCAGCCCCUGGCCCCCCAGUAGAGGCAUGAGGCAGAUUGCCUGGCGGAAUCUUUGGGACACGGUGAAUGACUGCGUGUGGAGGAGUGGAGACUUCAGGGAUUCUUGCUUCAGUGACUAGAUUGAUGGUGACAGCAUUAACCCAAAAAAGGAAUUCGGUAAACAGAAGAACAGGUUAAAACAUAUUUUCUUUGUUCCUUUCGUAGACUUUUAGUUUUUAAAUAAUAAGUUUUUCUUUUUCAUGCAAAAUUAAGUAUACUUUUACCUGUACAUUUUCUAUUUAACAAUGCAAAAAUAUGUAUAUAUAUAUAAUCCCUCAUUUGGUGUAUGUGUAUUUUCCUUAUUAUAGAAGUUACAAGCUAUUUACUGAGAUGUAAAAAUAAAAAAUAAAAAUGUUAUGAUGUAAGAGGGACAAGCCUGUUAGAUAUGAACAGGACAAGGAUGAUCACUGUUACCGGUACCGUUCAGUAUUGUUCUGCGGGUCUUACUGUAACCAAUUACUGUAACCAAUACAAUAAUAAAAGGAACGAGAACAAA